GUUGUGAUAUUCUCACUAAUUGGCUUCUAACUAACGAAAAAGAUUCAUUAAAUGGUCAAAAUACUGCUCCGUUGAUAAUCUAUCAAGAUUCUGAAGAUAAUAGCACGGAUACUGUUUUACCCACCACAAAUAAUCGUCGAAGGCGUCAUUUAAUUAACUUUUCUAUACCUCCGAUUUUUACUUCCCUUUUUGUAUAUUUAAUCGUGCUAUGUUUGGUUAUCACUUAUGGUUCUAUUAGACUUUCAACAGGAUAUUUGCCAUUUUAUCAACAAAAUAUCAAUGAUUUCGCUCCUUCGUUGAUAACAAUGGGUUGUGUAAUUCGCCAAGAUUCAACGGUUAACUCUGAUUAUAUUGAAACAACUCGUCAAUUAGCUGCAAAUGGCAGUAAAAUAGUGUUGUGGUCUGAAGGCUCUGGAAAUAUAACUGAUACUACCCAAUUAACUGACCUCUUCACCUCACUCACGAAUAUUUCCCAAACUUAUAAUACGUAUAUAGGUGUUGCUUAUAUAGACUUCCGUCCUGAACAACCUCAUUAUAAUAAAUUAACAGUCAUUGCUCCAUCAGGUGAUAUAAUAAUAGAUUAUUCAAAAGCAAAUUUAGUUCCAUUUUUAGAAAGUAGAGUAUUUAAGCGAGGUGUGAAUGUACUGCAGACUAAUAUAACGAAAGAAUUUGGCGUUAUUGGUGCAGCAAUUUGUUUUGAUUAUGAUUUUCCAUCAUUAAUUAACCAAGCUUCUCAUAAAGAGGUGAAUUUAAUGUUGGAUGCGA